AUGACGCACACACAACCAGGGCCAAAGGACAUCUACCUCUUCGGGUUUCCCAUCGCGCACUCUGGCGCUCCGAGCUUACAUAACCUCGUCUUCGAGUCGAUCAGCAGUCCGUGCACGUACAAGCUGUGGUCAACGUCGGCGGUCAACCAGGCAGUGCUGGACGAGCUGCGGAGCUCCUCGUCUGGCGGUGCUGCGGUAACGAUGCCACUCAAGGCCGAGAUCAUAAAGUACCUCGACGAGAUCAGUCCCGAGGGCUACGCAACCGGCGCAUGCAACACUGUCGUUCGGGUCGAGGAGGACGGGGCCACCAAGCUCGUUGGCACGAACACCGACUUCCUCGGCGUGCGUAACAGCUUGUUACAGGCGCUCGCGUUGCAGUACUCCUCGGUGUCUGUUGGCACUACGGCGACGUACGCGCCUGGCCAGGCGAGCGGGAUGGUCAUUGGGGGUGGUGCAACCACCCGUUCAGCGGUGCAUGCCCUGUACACGCUGGGUAUGAACCCUGUCUUUCUGGCCAACCGCGACGCGGCCGAGGUGGCCGAUACAAUUGCACACUUUGACUCGCGGAGUGACCCAGCGAACCCGAACCGCCUGCGCCUGAUCCACCUGACGAGCGUCGAGCAAGUCGAGGGCCACCUUGGGCCCAACGCGACCAACCGCCUUCCCGGCGUGGCCAUGAUCGUCGGUGCCAUCCCAGCCAUUGCGCCCAAGAGCUUAGAGGAGCGCAUGGUGUACACUAUCGCGACACACGUGUUCACGCUCCCCUUCCAAGCCGGCGCUGCAGAGGGAGACCUCCCGGUCCCCUCUCCCCGCCUCUUCCUCGACAUGGCGUACAAGCCGCGCCUGACGCCGUUGCUCAAGAUCGCGGCAGCUCUCGGGUGGCAGGACAUUGGCGGCAUCCUGGCCAUGAUUGAGCAGGGUCUGGCACAGCAGCGCAUGUGGAAGAUGGGGAGCUCGAGCGUCGCGGUUGCGUCAGACGAGUCCCUCCUCGACGCAGAGACGUGUCGCAAGGCACGCGAGUUUGUCGAGAACAUGAAGGACAUUGUGCCGACCGAGCCUGAGAUUGAUCGUUCCAAGAUUUCUGUUUAG